AUGACGAACGAGAGAGGUUCUACGGUAUUCCCGGCGAAAACAAGUCUCCGCCGGCCAAAAUUCGGUACCCUCUUGUCCUCCGAUCCUAACCUUUCAAUUGUUCGAGACGAAAACACCUACUCUCGCCGUGACAGUUCCGCUUCCGUCUCCGAUCCUAGCCCUCCGUUCUCCGAUAUGUCUAAUCCCAAUAGCGCCAAUGCUUCUCCUUCUCCAUAUUUCAUGUCACCAUGGAACAACAGCCACUCGCCUUAUGUAAAAUCUCCAUGGACACAAGCCUCUUCGAUGGACUCGUAUUCGUAUAAUGAUGAUAAACUUGGAUCAGACAGCAAGAACAUAAGGGUGUGGAAGAACUUGAAGGAUUUUUCCGGGUUUAAAUCCAGAAGUGGAUUAGUCAAAGCCAUCGUCACUCCGGCGACAAAAUUUCACCGGCCAUCAGGACGGAAAAAUUCGAAUUUGGAAACUUCCGGCGAAGAAUAA